GUCUUUUCAUCACGAAAUGAGGUUACUCGUCUUUUAAACCCAAAUCUGAUGACCAGUGUUCGAAAGUGAACAAAGCUGGAAUGGCGCCGACCACGGAGUCCAGGCUGAAUGUUGAUGCUCUGAGUAAGAAAGAUGUGCUGCUGCUCUUCAGUGUGCUGGAAGGAGAACUGGAGGCCCGAGACCUCGUCAUCCAGGCACUCAGGGCCCAGCGCAGAGAAACAUAUGUGUGGGAGCACUAUGGGAAGUAUGAUCUGAGCGAUCCCUUCCUGGCCCUUCAGAGGGACAACGAGGCUCUUCGGGGCUCUGCUCAGGGCAGAGGAAAUGGAGCAGGUUGUUCACAGAGACGAGAGACACGCAGCAAGCGCACUGAUCCACUGACCAUGCUCAGGCUGGUGGUGGGACACUGCAGGAGAAUGCAGGAGAAGAUGCUGAAACAGCUUGCAGCUGCUGAGAGCAGGCACAGAAGGGUCAUUGCAGAUUUAGAGGAGGAGAAGAGGCGGCAUGCUGAGGAUACAGCUGAGGGAGAUGAUGUCACAUGCAUUUUAGAGAAGGAACGAGAACGCCUCCUACAGCAGUUGGAGUUUGAAAAGGCAAAGUUCUCCCGUGUGGAGAAAGAGAACAAGCGAUUGCAAGCUCAGCUAGAGGAUGAACGUGUUCAGCACAAGCAGCUUAUGGCUGCACUGGGGCGAGAAUGCAAACGCUCGAGCUUGCGUGCCCACGAGGAGGGACAACGUGCCAGUGAACUUAGUUGCCGCCUAGACCGCCAACGUACCACAAAUCAAAGCCUGAAGGCAGAGCUUGAGGAGGAAAAGAAGCGUGCCAUGCAAAUGGAGGCAACGAGGGAAGAACUGCUGGCUGAGUUUGAUACAGAAAGGGAGCAGCUGGGUCUGCGGCUAAGACGGGAAGGGGCAUGCAUCAUUGCUUUACAGGAGGAGGUGGAGAGGCUGAGGAGAGAGGUACGACAGCUCAGGGGACGGGAGGACAAUUUGGAACAUAGUAGCGAAUUUCGGGAGGUGAAAGACUUUUUAGUGGAGAGUGGAAUAGAAAAAUCAGACAUGAUCCAGCUUAAGAUUAAUGGUCAUCAGACUCUGGUAGAGGAAGGAGGGAGUGUCUUGUUGGAGAUGAAAGAGAACGAAAGAGAAAAUGAAGCUUUUCAUUCUACCUUAACCCCCGACUAUAGCGUAUUGACUAAUGGAACUGUGUCAUCCGCUAAUCUAAAUAAUGAGAGUCCCUCAACCUGCAGCACAGACUCCUCACCUGACACAAGGUCUUCCUCUAGCCUACAGGCUGCUUAUCAGGCUGGGAUCCAGCAGCGUUUCCAUGCAGCACGUCACAAAUUCCAGUGCGUUGCUGAGCAAGACCUCCAGCUGGGUUCACCUGUCUCUCAUUCCCCUCGUGACCUUUCACCCGGUGCCACCGCAGAUCCUCCAGCAGAGUGCAGCAACUCCAAACAAGCAGGCCGCAGCACAGUGACUCAGUCUGUCAGCCGUUUCAUCACCAAAACAGCAUCGACACCCAACAGCUCACCCUUUGGCACAGACUACCGUGCAAUGGCCCCACUCGCAGCUCUGUCUCCUGGAAUUCGCUCUCCCACAAUCCCCAGGGUGGAUAGGGGCAUCCCUCCACCCAUUCCCCCUAAGAAACCAGGCUUGGCUGAGACCCCACCCUCCCCUGCCACCCUCCGAGCUGCACACAUGGCUCAGAUAUUAGCUGGAUGUGGGCGGAAAAGCACAGAAAACAGCAAAGAGCCAGACAUGCUGUUGUCUUCCAGCAGCUAACAAGCAUAUCUUAGUCAAAUAGUCAUGGGUUCUGCAGUGGCAUCUGUAUUAUUUUGUUUUGCUUUAGAUCUCUUGCUUCUACAUUUUAAUGUUUAUGCCUGUUAUGAUAAAACUAAUAAUUUGAAUUGUUGACCAGUCAUGUUAUAUUAGUUAUGUGCUAAGAAAGGAAUAACACAUGUGGAUGGCCAUGAUCUUUUAUGAAAGGAUUCCAUGUCUGGGUGGUGUGACAUUCAAAUUCCACACUGAAGUAAAUUCUUUGUUUAACAGCAUGGUUUAAAGAUUGUUGUUCAACUUGUACCACAGCAAUUUGCCAGCGAUGACAUUUGAAAAAAUUGUCUAUAAACGUUUUUACCUGUUACAUUUAACAUUAUAAAUAGUUUGUGAGACGAGUUAGCUCCUUUUAUCACGUGCCAUUUUUAUACCAGCUAUAGGCUUUGGAUAACUAGUCUCUCUUUAAUUAUACAGACAGUAUGGUUAUGAAUAGAACUCAAUGAUACCAAAAAUGGAGCUUGUGUUCUGUAAAGUCCUGUUCUGAAGACUUUCCUUAAGAAGCUGUUAGGCUGCAUUGACACUCGGAACUCCUUUCAUACACAUUAAAUAAACGCGUCUUAUUAGGGAACUUCAGUAUUUUGGUGAGUAUACCGGACGCAGGUUUAUCUUUGAAAAUCCAUCGUGAAACUGAAGAAAUGAUAACAGAUACGCACUAGUGCCUAAGUAUAAACUGUCAUUAAUGUUACAGCUGGAACUUUGGUCAGAGCUGUGUGGUUAAAAAAAUGUAUGUGUAAUGCUGUGGAAUAAUUAAUCACAUGAAAGGUCAUGCUGUUGUACUGAAUAUCAGCAUGGCUGUGAUGCAGUUGUAUGUACAAGUUCGCAGCCUAUACCGCAUCAUGUAGCCAAAAGAGGAGGAGAAUUACAGUCCUGUCAAUCUUGUAAGUUUCCCUUUAUAUUUCCACUUAUUCUGCUUAGAUUAUCAGCUAACAUCUGGUGUCCUGGAAGCCAGUUAGCUUUGUAGCUUGCGUUAGCCAUGAAAAAAAAACGUUCCAGUUCCGAGGCAAUUCGGGGUGCUUUAGAAGCAAUUGAUGAGUGUUUUUCAAAGAUAAUAAUAAUAAAAUGUUAUCAGAUGUAUUUUUUGUAUAUUCUGCAAACUUCCACACAUUUCAAAUAUCAAUAUCAAGAAUUGCUUUUGGCGAUGUUGACCAAUGAGACCAGCUAAUAUCAGAAUAAGGGUUAGUUUUAACGCAGUACCUUUGAUAUUGCCCAGUAAAACAUUUUCUCAACACAUUAAAACACCAUUUGUCUUUUGUGUUGCUAAUUAUUGUGUGUUAACUUUAAAAUCAUAUCACCAUGGAUUUUGUGUAUUUUUACAAUCAUGUUAAGUCUGAGGUAAAUUAAAAAAAGGAUACAAUUAACAUAUACAUAGUUUUUUUUUUUUUUGCUUACACUGAAAUUUUGUGUGCUCAUCAUAUGCUUUUAUAUCAUGUAUAUGGUCUUCUUUGAGUAGCCAAGUUUUUGUAAGUUCUUACACAUUGAAUGCAUAGCAUACAGUAAUUUUAUUUUUGUUCUCUUUGUAUCUGGAAUGCUUUCUAGUUUAUACACUGUAAUGUAUGUUUGUGACAGAUUGUGUGAUGCAGACAAGCUUGCGUUUUACAGCUUUUGUAAUUUGUGCAUAUGUAUAUAAAAUAUUACACAGCAACUAUUAUCUUUUUUAAAUAUUAACUAUUAAAGUUCUGCUUUAAUGAUAUACCUCUCACAUGAGGUAGGUAUGUUAUAUCUGAUGUUCACACUUAUUAGUGUAUUAUUUUAUUUUAUGCACUGUGUUAACUAGUUGGUCAGUUGCCCAAUCCGGUCUACUCCAUGUCAGUGUUACAUAAUAAUGUAAUGUACUAUAACAAUGUAUAAGUUGGGGUAGAUACUAUAGUAUUCCUAUCCAUAUUCAAUAUAUGUAUACGCUGAUCAGCGUUACUAUUAAAACCAUUAACAUUAUAAGCAACUAGGAUUUAGGUUCUCCGUGUGCCACCAAUGUGGCUCUGUCUCCUUGGGGCGUGGCUCUGCAGGGCCUCUCAGUGUAUGCUGUGGUGUUCUGGCACCAGGACGUUGUCCUCGGAUACUUUGGGUGUGGGCAUGGGUGAGCCAUGAUCCUGCUGGUGUGUAGUUGGUAACCCAGUGUUGUUCAGUUCAGUGGUUAUAAUGUUAUAAUGUAAUUGGUGAAUCCUUGGCCAUAGCAAAUACAGUAUUGAACUCUUUUGUUUAUAAAGGGUUUUUUUUUGGACUUCUUCAAUCCAGCCACCAGAGGGAAGCAACUGGUUAAGUUUGUGGUAAAGGUCCUUUUUUUUUCCUUCCUAGUGUGUAGUGUAUAAUUCCUUUUUUUUUAAUCCAUGCUUAUAAUCAUUUAGGAAAUAAAGCAUUAUUAUCUGGGACAGUAUUUAGUAUUAAUUGGUUUGUUCAUUUUGUUUAAUAAUAUAAUUAUUCUAAUUAUUUUAAUAUUGUCUUAAAAAACUGUCAAAUUCUGCUGUUGAACUAAGAACUAAGUGUGCGAAAAAUGUGUGAACUUCACAGGCAACCAUGUGAGACUAACAGACUAGGAGCCUCUCCCUAAAUCCAUAAUCCCCUUGUUAUAUCUGUGUGUGUGUGCAUGUAUGUGUGUGACAUGGGAGACAGAGAAGCAAACAUGCAUGAAGUAUGCACUGGUCUGCUGCCCUGCUGUAUAGCACUUACUAAUGACCAAUUUUGUGUGAAGUAUUUAGUUUGGAAUUAAAAUGAAAAACGUUUUUACAACCAAAUAGCACAGAUGGAAUAUAUCUGCAUGAGGUAUUAGCUUUUAGAUGUAGCAUUGUCCCUAAUUUUAAAGUUCUGUUCAGGACUAAAAGACCCAUUAGAUUUUUUUUAUAUAAGGGAGGAAAUACUUAAACCAUGAAAUAAUUUCCAUCAUUAUACUUAAUGUGCCAGUUUCGAUUUCUGUUUCCACUUAAAAAACAGUUUUAUAAUCUUAUUUAUAUUACAGAGAUGAUGUAGCUGUAAAAAUGACUGGUCAA